UGCUCAUUUUGUGUGUUGUGUGAUAUUAUCGACGUAGCAAAUGUUGUGACAGCAAUGUUAUAGUACGUUUUUUAUGCGAUGCGACUGCGCGUAGUCGUUGACGUCUUAGACCAAAUUGACAUUUAACCAAAUCAUGUGGACUGGAAAGAGAGCAAACAAAUAUGACAAGGAACUUCUCUCGCAAAUUUUCCAUUGACACGAAUCAUGCGCACUCUUUCUCUAUUCGUUCAAUGUGCACAUUAAGUGUAAAGAAUUGCUAGGCUGCAUAUUGAAAUUUAUCGUACAUAGAUAAGGAAAUCGUAAAUUAAAAUGCCAAAUCCUAUAUUUUCACAAAAGUGUUCCAUUUAAACUAUUUUUCCCUAUAAAUAUACGUGAUAAAUCACCAAAACCUUUGUAUAGAUAUUUGAACAAUACGACAGGGAAAUAUUUCUCAUUAAAAUUAGUUCAAACAAUAUAGAAUGUACAGAGAGAAACAUGUUUAUCAUUUUAUAUUUGAUGUAUUUAUGUAAUUCAGUUGAAUCGCAGUCAAUAUAUGAUAUGCCCCAUAAGACAUCAGAAGCAGAAAAACGUUCCAACAAUAUGUGGUGCUAUGCAUGUCAUUCGAUGUCCGAAACUGGUGAUAUGUGUGUCGAGAAUAUAACAGCGAAUGUGUCAACAUUUUUUAAAAAAUGUAAAGAUGACGAAUUCAUUUGCAUGGUUCAGAAAUAUUCCUACACAACAAGCACGGAAAAUUCCACAUCAAGUCAAAAACUAUGGUCGCUAGAACGACGGUGCGCAAGCAAUUGUGAGGCGGGUUGCAUUGUCAUUGGUGAACGUACAAAACUCUAUGCAUGCACAUCAUGCUGUAAAACAUCGUAUUGCAAUACGGAUAAGGGAGCGGCCGCCAAAUUAUCAACAACUCCAAAUAAUCCAAUCGAAACAUUCAUUAUCACGAUAUUCAUAAUGAUUUUAACAAAAUUGCUUGCCACACCAAAUUAUAAUUGUUUACAAACUUCCUAGUUGGACCAACUAUGGAGAUUAUUUGUUUUUUUUUCUUUCUUUUAAUCUUUGUGUGACUGAUGCUGAUUCAAAAUCAUUAAUGCAACAUUAAAAAACAAAUAUUUGCAAACGAACGACAUCAAGUGUAAAUAAGUUUUAUUUAUUGAUAAGCGGAAAAGAUGAUUCAUCGAGUGAUAGAAAUUCGGAGCUGCAAUCUAUUCAUUAAGUGUCGGAUAUUUUAUGUAGAAUCAAGGAAAACGAUAUCAGGUUUUAUUGAGAGUUUUGCUUAAAUGGUAACCAUAGAUUUCCCAUAAAUAUUUAUCGUAUUUUGCUCAAAAUCUAUUAAGUAGAAUUUUUGAAAGUAUUUUCUUCCAGUUUUCUUUUUGUUCUUCAUAUUUCGCGAAUUGACAUCACCUUGUUGUUUUCAAUUGAAUACCUAUCGUGUGAUUUGCUCACACAAAGAAUCCUUCAAAAGUAGUUAUGUAGACAACUUUCCGCUCUUUUAAGAUGAAAAAAAUAAUAAGAGUCAUGAAUUGUUCCAUGUUUUUAACAAAUAUCUUUUUAAAAAGUGAUUAAUUGAACACAUAGUGACAAAAUAUUUUAAUGAUGAUUAACUCAAGAGUGAAAAAAAAGUAAUUUAAUAUGGAAUCUUUGCUUUAACACCGAAUAUAGAGCUAGAAUAUGAGACCAAUCAUUUUAUCUAAAUCUCAAUAGUAGUAGCAGUAGUAUUUAUUGUCUGUCGACCGUGUAAAACAACUAUUUCCUUCAAUGAAAAUCGAUAUUUGGAGUUUCUCGCAAAUAUUUCUAAAAUCAUUUUAAUCCAUAAGCGAUAGCAUUAUUAUUCUAAUUAAGAAAAAAACAGAAUUAACUCAUCCUAUCAUUAAAACAUGAAUUGAUUAUUAUCUAAGUGUUCACAAAUGUGUCAAAUUAGUGAAAUAUUUAUGUUUGUAGAGGGUUUUUAACCCGAAUCAUAUGUAACUCUGCCAAAAACCAAAGAAUUCAUACCAAAACAAAAUCAAUCCAUUAAAUAACUGAUUAUGUAAUAAUAAAAUACUUCUUUAAAGUGAGAAUA